AUGUCAACAUCCAAGCUAGCCCUCAAGGGAUCCUCCAAGAUCGUCAGCGACUACUUUGAAUUCGCAAUCAACAGCAUCCUCUUCCAACGGGGUAUAUAUCCAAUUGAAGACUUUAUCACCGUGCGCAAAUACGAUCUCCCCAUGCUUGUGAAUAACGACGAGGACGUUAAGAACUAUAUCCUGAACAUAAUGCAGCAGUUGAAGAAAUGGAUCUAUGGGCGCAAGAUCACGAAAUUGAUUGUGGUUAUCGUUUCAAAGAGCAGUGGAGAUAAUGUCGAGCGGUGGGAGUUUAGCAUUGAUGCUGUGCCCGAGGAAAACUUGCAUCUGGCGACAAACGGUGGAGACUUGCAAGAGGAAGAGCAGAACAAAAUUAGCAGUAACGGUAGCAAAAAGAGCAAAGAGGAAAUACAAAAGGAGAUUCGAGCCAUUAUACGUCAGAUUACUUCCUCGGUGAGCUAUUUGCCGGUGUUGAAAGAUGACGAUUACACAUUCAACGUGUUGGUGUAUACUGGUGUGGAGACAACUAUACCUAUACAGUGGUGCGAUACCCAUGGCGAUGGAAGGGUGUUGGAAGGCGAAAAUGUUGAUCAAAUUGAUUUUGCAAGUUUCAGUACCGAUAAGCACAAGGUCAACACCUCUGUAAGCUAUAAAUUUGAAUAA